AAGUGAUAGUGCUGCAUUUGUGUUUGAAUUAUGGUCUAAAUUUGAAUAUCCACUGAUGAAUAUUUGGAAAUUUUAUUAAAAUUUACCAUUUCUAGAAAGUUGUCAAGUUUAACAGUGAAUGUUUUUGUUUAAUUCUAGGGGGAAAUUUGCAGUGGUGAGGAAAUGUAUAAAGAAAGAUUCUGGAAAAGAAUUCGCAGCAAAGUUCAUGAGAAAAAGAAGAAAAGGUCAAGAUUGUCGGAUGGAAAUAAUUCAUGAGAUUGCAGUUCUUGAACUAGCACAGGACAAUCCAUGGGUCAUUAAUUUACAUGAAGUCUAUGAAACUCCAUCAGAAAUGAUCUUAGUUCUGGAAUAUGCUGCUGGGGGUGAAAUCUUUGACCAGUGUGUUGCAGACAGAGAAGAAGCUUUUAAAGAAAAGGAUGUUCAAAGACUCAUGAGGCAGAUAUUAGAAGGUGUCCACUUUUUACAUGCUCAUGAUGUAGUUCAUCUUGACUUGAAGGUAAGAUCUGAAUUACUUUACAGUUUUGAGAUGGCUAGAGAAUGACCCUCCAGGUCUAAAGUAUUUAACAGUGAUUAAUUCAAACAUUUAAAACACAAGUUUGUGUGUUUUAUUAGGUAAUACGGAAAUAAAGGUUGAGUCUAUUCUUAUCCUCUUGCCAGUUAGUUUUAUCAAGGAGGUAAAGUACAUGUGUGUAUAUAGAAAGGUAAAUAAUAAUACAUUGCCCCAAAAAAUGAAGCUUAGAGGAUAUUGGUAGGAUAGGUGAACUCUUCCCGAUAAGAGACAGGGUUUAAGCUAGACCUUAAAAAAUUAGGAUUUAGAUAGAGAAAAUACAGGAAUGUAGAAAAUAGAAGAUAAAAUUCUAUCACAAGAGUUAGGAAAACUUGUUGGGCAAACAUAAAUGGAAUAGCGUCACUGGAAUUGAGAAAUGAAAUACGAGAUAUUGACAAUUGAGAAAAGGCCAGAUUCUAGGGGUUUCGAAUGUCAUGAAGAGGGAGAUGACCUUUUAGCAGGAAUAUCUGAAAAACAGUGUUGUAGAAAAUUAGGCAGGCAGCAAUAAAUAAAAUAGAGAACUAAAGAGAUUCAAGGCAGGUAGAUACAGAAUUUAGAAUUAUCAAAGAAGGAAAGGGAGGAGGGAAGAAAGAAUACACAAAGGGCAGCAUAUCAGUUAUGAUGCUUUCAGGUAAUCAGAAUGCUGGCUGAGA